UUUUUUGUUUUUUUUUUACAAGUAAAAGGUCAGGGAAGCCGAAUUUCGGCGCAGUGCAUGACACGCGCCGGAAAGUCCGAUUUCCACCCUUAUGUCGAGUGGAGCUCGUUAGCACCGCCUCCAAACGCGGAAACGAAUGAAAUUUUCCGUCCCUUUCUCCCGAGACAAGUGCAGCAUCCUUUUUCGUCCAACAUCCUGUAGUUGAUACAAUCGUAAUCGAAGCUUAUUUAUUCAAGGGCAGUUAAAAACUGUGUGUUUCCGCGAGAAUAUCUAUAACUAUGUGUUUUAUUGCCGAAUGACUCAUUAACGGGCAGUAAAAUUUGUCAAGUGCUGUGUUUUUAAUUCACCUCUGAUGCGAUGGAAUUUUCAUUUAUCAACAAGGCGAACUUUGACAAGGAUUGUUUAUACAACGCGAACUCCGAGUUUUAUAAUAAUAGUUCCAAUGGGGGCCUGUCCGUGGCCAAUCACAUGAAUCACUAUAAUCUAAUGAUUGAUUCCAGCUACAAGCUAUGUGCCAACGAGACAGCUAUAAGGGGUUCCCUGAACCAGGAGUCGAGCUUACUCUUUUCCAAAAUCACCACAGUUUCGGAAUUUUAUCCAGGAACUCACAACAUUGCGUCCUAUAACUCUGACUUUCAUUUAAAACCCUAUGGAGAUGACGGCUUGACCCUCACAGAUAAAUCAAAGCAGAGACGGAUUCGAACUACUUUUACUUCCAACCAACUUAACGAGCUGGAAAAAAUCUUUUUAGAGACCCAUUAUCCAGACAUCUAUACUAGAGAAGAGAUCGCAUCAAAAUUACAUUUGACAGAAGCCCGAGUUCAGGUUUGGUUUCAAAACAGAAGAGCAAAAUUUCGAAAGCAAGAGAGACAUGCCAUUUACAUAAUGAAAGACAAAUCCAUUAAAAUGGAUACUCGAAAGAAUUCUUCAGCUGGGUCAAAAUAUCUAGGUCCAUCUCUUAAGGCUCCUCAAAAUGCCCGUCAAGUGAAAUGCUUAUACGAUCAAAUAUAGAAUCCACUAAUAUCUAUGUAAAUAUUAGUAUACAUUUUGAUGAAUACAAUUAUUUUGAUAUUAUUUUUACUAACUUUUUGGAGCGAAUUUGCGUUAAAUAAAUAAGAUCUGUGUAACA